AUGGGAGGAUCGUCGGAGUGCGAGGAGGGGAUUCGACUCGACAGGAGUGUCAGUGCAAACAGGUUGAAGUGUUCAGAAACGAAACUCAACCCGGACGACCAGACUCCGUUACUCUCCACUGAUUGGCAAGGGGAGGGGGGAGGAAAGGGAAGAAACGAAGAAAAGGGUAUAGAAGAAGAGAAGGGGAGGGAGAGGGAGUACAAGGAGGAGGAAUUUGAAGUUCUCUCUCCAGGCGGGUGUGGGAAAGAAAAGAAGAAGAGAGAGAGAGAGCUGAGACAAGAAGACGGAGAUCGAGCUAGCUGUGCGGUACGGUCAUGA